AUACAAGUAAUACAGAUGAUGAUGAUAUAGAAGAUACAAGUGAUACAGAAAAUGCAGAUGAUUUAGGAAACAUUAGUAAUAUAGAAGCUGCAGAAGUUAUGAACAUUGAACCAAACACUAUUAUUAAAAUAUCAUCUUCAA